AUGGGGGACUAUGGCGACGCCAUGAUGCGCAACCAAAACGCUGCCGUUCAGGCCCGUACCAAAGCUCAGAACCGCGCUGAUGUGUUGCAUCAAAAAAUGGCAAGUCUCUUGUCUGAUGAUUAUCGGUCAGAGUCAUGUUUAACAUCCAACCUCCUCAAAUUAUUUGAGCCUCGCCCACCUUUGGAAUAUAAACGACCUCCUGAGAAGAGGAAAUGUCCACCAUAUACAGGUAUGGCACAGUUUGUUGGCAAAUUUGCUGGGCCUGGUGAUCCGCAAUAUGCUGCUCCUGUGCAGAAAGGUGAAAUCCCGGCGGAGCGAAGAGCUAGGAUUCACCAGAUGCGGCUGGAGGAAGGAGCUAAAAAGGCAGCAGAGCAUCUUGAGAAAUAUGAUCCAAAUAGCGAUUCUAAUAUAUAUGGAGAUCGAUACAAAAUGUUGUUUGUUGCUAGGCUUAAUUAUGAGACCAGUGAGAGUGAGAGCAGAGUCAAGGGAGUUUGAGGCAUAUGGUCC